AUGCCCCAAGACCUGGGGCCCGAGAGCGAUGCCGGCGCGUCCGGGGAAGGAGAGCGAGCUACAUCCUGCAGCCCUGAGAACUUGCACAGGCUUCCGGAACCGACCCCCCAGGCGGUGGCACCGCGAGCGGCCGAGCGCCACGACUGGCCGCGGCGGGCAGCGCUCAGGGACGAGCCCGGCGGACCAGGCGGAAAGGAAGUGGCGGCCGCGGCUUUGCACCAACCACGUUCGGCCGGCGGGCGAGUGCCCCACGGCGCCCAGAGCCGGGUCGGAGGGCGCGCGGCGCCCCCCCGGGACGCGCCGCCAGAGCCCCCCGCGCGCCCGGACAAGUGCAGUGACAAAGCCCCCAGCCAGGCCGGGCGCUGGCCGCCGGGAAGGAGGACGCGACGUCCCUCCCGAGCGGCGGCGGCGGCGGCCCAGCCCCGCGGAAGCCGGGCGCGCCGGCCAGGCCCCGCGCCCAGCCCGGCUCCGAGCCCGAGCGCCCGGGACCCUUCCCCGAUCCCGGCGGGCGGGCGCCCCAUCAAGUUUCCUCCCGCCCCGGCGGGCGGCGCCUCUCCCAGCCCCGCGCGGGCAGCCGGGCGGACGGUGGGUGCCUGCUUAUUUACGCCGGAGGCUGCCCGCACAGGCGCCGCCGCCGCCGCCGCCGCCGGGCGCGGAGCAGGACCCGCUCCCCGCCUCGGAUCUGGGGGCGACGGCGUCUGUGCACACGCACACACUCUCACACGACCAAUCUGCUGUAAAAGGAGGCCCGACUCCGGCGGACCCGCACCCCCACACACCACACCUGGGGCGCGGAGUCACACAGAGCAGCCUCAGCAGCCCCAGCACCAGCAGCAGCAGCAGCAGCAGCUACAGCGGCAGAACCUGCUUCCCCUAAAAUCACAGGAUCCUGAACCGCGCGGACUGCUCCUCCAAAAAUCGGUAUUAAUAUUUAUGAGCCCCAGCGUUCUCCGUCUGCAAAACAUCAUGUCAGACCAUCUGGACACGCGCGCGCACACACACACACACACACACACCCUCCGGUGCUCACAAACAUGCCCUCACGAAAACCACACUCGCACAGUCCCAACUAUUAUUGGAAAAAAAAAAAUGUUACCUCUCGAGUGUGCUUUUUCACGCUACCAAUGCGAUUCCGCAAGAUUUGAGUGUUGCUAG